AUGCUUGAUAUAAUAUAUAAUCCUAUUCGAAACGGUAUACAGCAACAACAUCUUUUAGGUCUACAAAUACAAAAUAAAGCUUUCUCGAAUUUAGACGUUCCCAUUCUUGAUGAUUAUAGUUUGAGCGAGUGGCAAAAAUUAAAUGUUGAAGAAUAUUGUAAAAAACAUGAAAUUUCGAUGGAAAUUUUUGAAAAAUUACGACGUCAAGUUAUUGAGUCAAAUAAGGUCAAAUCGAAACGUGGUAUUCAAUUGUUAGAUGAGUUAAAUACGCGUCAGGAAGAUUUGAUUUCUAUUGGAUGUUCAGGAAUUGAUGAUUUACUAUCCGGAGGUUUGCAUCCUGGUGAGAUCACAGAAAUCAGUGGAGAGUCUACUGCAGGAAAAACACGGCUGUGUUACGCCGCAACUCUUAUGACCACUUGUUCAGUCUCAAACAAUACUGUAUUUUAUAUUGAUACAUUGAAUUCAUUUUCACCUGAAGCAAUGUUUGAUCUCUUUCAAGAAAGUGAUCGAUUUAUAGAUGCAAGAGAUCGAGGAAUGGAAAACGUUUUUCAAAGAAUAAGACUUCCUAAAAAUGGUUCAGAUAUCUUUGAUGUAUUUUCUGUCAUUGAAGGUUUGAGACAAGAACUUCAAAGAAAGUCAGAAGAUGCUUUUUAUUUCAAUUUGAAGUUAAUAGUAUUGGACUCCAUCGCUCCAUUAUUCUUACCGAUUUUAGGGGGUUAUGCGGAUGAAAAAGCAAACUCUCUGAUGACAAAUUUAAUACGAAUGCUUCGAAAUUUGGCCAGAGAACAUCAGAUAGUUAUAUUGAUAACUAAUUCAGUAGAAACUGUUCGUCCCACCAAUCCAAUGUCUGCCUUUUCUUCAACUAUUACUAAACCAGCAUUAAAGAUGACAUGGACAUACAUGCCCGAUACUACAUUAUUUCUUAUAUUAGGUGAAUAUGUUGGAUCAAAACAACGUUUUUACAUUAAUCAACAAGGAAAUCAAAUCUGGGGGAAACCCAGAGUCUGUGAGGUUUUACGUUCACAUACUAGGGGUUGUACGGAAUUCUUUCCAAUAUCGGUUUGA